UUAAAGGGAAUGCUGCUUGGAUUUUCUUGCACCCAUAAGGAAGCUGUUACUGCCAUGUGUGUGUUAUUUUAGUGUGGGUGGUUGAAGAGAAGCACAAAAAUACUCCGGUCAACACAUGUUAGCUGGUUACAGCAGUGCUUUGUGGCAGGUUUGGCCCCUCAUUAGACACAAGGGAAUGAAGGUUGAAUUUGCUCCUCUCAAUAUACCCCUGGCCCGGAGGUUGCAGACAACUGCUGUGUUCCAGUGGGUAUUCUCCUUUCUGUUACUAGCACAGUGCUGUAUAGGGAUAUUUAUCUGUCUGGUGCUGGCAAGAGUAUGGCUCCUUUUAGCUCUAUACGUUCUUUGGCUCUAUCUCGACUGGGAGACCCCACAGGCUGGAGGAAGAAGAUGGGAGUGGGUACGGAACUGGCCUGUAUGGAAGUAUUUUAAGGAUUAUUUUCCAAUCCGGCUUGUGAAAACAUGCGAUUUAGAUCCCCAACACAAUUAUAUCAUGGGUUUCCACCCACAUGGAGUACUUGUUGCUGGGGCCUUUGGAAACUUCUGUACUAACUACACUGGCUUUAAGGAACUGUUUCCUGGACUUACCCCCUACCUGCACAUUCUGCCCUUCUGGUUCAGGUGCCCAUUCUUCCGAGAAUACAUCAUGAGCGUGGGAUUGGUCUCUGCUUCCAAGAAGAGUGUCAACCAUGUUCUGAGCAAAGAGGAUGGCGGCAACGUUUCUAUUAUUGUCACUGGGGGAGCAGAGGAAUCGUUGGACGCCCAUCCUGGAAGUGUAACCCUUAACAUCCUGAAGCGGAAGGGAUUCAUCAAAGUGGCGCUCAAAAGAGGGGCUCACCUGGUACCAGUGUUCUCUUUUGGGGAGAAUGAACUGUUUCAGCAGGUGUCAAAUCCAAAAGGAUCAUUACUUCGCUGUGUCCAGGAGAGGCUUCAGAGGAUCAUGGGGCUUGCUAUGCCACUCUUUCAUGCUCGAGGAAUCUUCCAGUACAGCUUUGGCCUGAUGCCAUACAGGAUGCCUAUCCAUACUGUUGUGGGUCGUCCUAUCCCAGUAAAGGAAACAUCACACCCUACACAAGAGGAAAUUGAAUCACUUCAUCAGCAGUACCUCGGUGCGCUGCAAGAACUCUUUGAGGAACACAAGGAAAGAUAUGGAAUCCCUGAACACAAAUCCCUCAUAUUCAUAUGACCCUCAGUUAAGACUUGUUGCAUUUGGAAGUGGAAAGGCAACAGCAGUAUCACUUAUUACAGGAGGCAAAGUCUUACCCUAUGUUUCACAGCCCUCCCACAGGAACAACCGUGCUACUUUAAAGGAAAGGUCCAAAAUCUAAAUAAAUCAUUCUGCCACA